GUUGUUGGAAGUGCAGAAGAAUGGUGCCGUCUCGUCAAGGGCAGCAACGACGCAAGCAACGAUCGACUCUCCUCCCUUCCCCUCAUCUAUCCAACUGCAUUCUUGAAUCUAUGAUUGCCAUCCUAUGAUAACCAAAAGAAUCUGAACCUAUUCACAAGCCACUAUGGCAAAGGACGCACGACUUCCAGCCAACAAUGAUCACACUGACGAUGAUACCUAUUUCAUAGGAGGAUCUGCUUCCUUGCGAUCCAGCAUCCUCAACUAUCGUAAAGAGAACGGCCGAACAUACCACAGGCUCAGUGAUGGAAGCUAUAAUCUUCCCAACGACGAGCAAGAACAGGACCGCCUAGACUUUGCUCACCACCUUUGGAAGUUAACUUGUGAUGGCAAAUUAUGCAACUGCCCAAAACGGUACGGCGCAAGAAGAGUGCUUGACGUUGGAACUGGAACUGGUAUUUGGGCUCUCGCAUAUGCGGAUGAGAAUCCAGGAGCAUUUGUCCUGGGUGUUGACUUGAGUCCCAUACAGCCUGAAUUCGUCCCUCCGAGUUGCCACUUCGAGGUUGACGAUAUUGAGAAGGAGUGGAUUUGGUUAGAGGCAUUUGACUUCAUCUUUGCUAGAUCGAUGAACGCCUCUUUCAAAACUCGCCUAGACUUUGUACUCCAAGCCUUCAGGAAUCUUGAACCCGGUGGGUACUUGGAAAUGCAGGAUAAUGUCUUCUGUUUGCUCUGUACCGACGGGACUAUGCCGGAAGAUUCGUUGAUAUACAAGUGGUCUAAGUUGCUCGUUGAGAGCACUGAACAGAUUGGACAGCCACUUGAUGACGCCCCGAGAUUCAAGAAGAUGCUCGAAGACGCUGGAUUCGAGGACGUGCAUGAGAGGAAGGAAAUUUGGCCGAUUGGGGCUUGGCCCGCGAAGGUUACCAAAGAGCAUGAGUUGGGCAUGUGGUGCCAAUCUAUCACUAUGGAAAGCCUUGAAGCUCUCUCGCUUGCCCUGUUUACUCGCGUUCUGGGAUGGUCGCGGGCGCGAACGUUGGUAUUCUGCGCCGGGGCUCGAGAGGAAUUGAAGCAACAAAAUAUCCACGCCUACUUCGAUGUCUCUGCAGUCUGGGGUCGGAAACCUGCAGAAAAGUAGACGGAUUGUGCAUGAUACUUGGCAAUCUCCUCCUUCAAU